CGAGUCCCAUGGUGCCCCGCGGCGGGCCCGGUGAGGCGGCGGCCCGGCAGGAUGUCGCGACAGGGAGGCCGCGGAACCGAGAGCAAGAAAAUGAACUCAGAGCUCUUCACACUGACCUACGGGGCGUUGGUCACCCAGCUCUGCAAGGACUAUGAGAACGAUGAGGAUGUCAACAAACAGCUUGACAAGAUGGGUUACAACAUUGGGGUGAGGCUAAUAGAAGACUUUCUGGCCCGGUCCAAUGUUGGGAGAUGCCAUGAUUUCCGUGAAACUGCAGAUGUUAUUGCCAAGAUAGCAUUUAAGAUGUACCUGGGCAUCACUCCGAGCAUCACCAACUGGAGCCCUGGAGGUGAUGAGUUCUCCUUGAUCUUGGAAAAUAAUCCCUUGGUGGACUUUGUUGAGCUCCCUGACAACCACUCCUCUCUCAUCUAUUCCAACUUGUUGUGUGGAGUGCUGCGAGGGGCCCUGGAAAUGGUCCAGAUGGCUGUGGAUGUCAAGUUUGUCCAGGACACACUGAAGGGUGACAGUGUCACAGAGAUAAGGAUGAAGUUCCUCCGGAGGAUUGAAGACAAUCUUCCAGCUGGGGAAGAGUGAAUUGCAGCUCAGUCUCCCGUGGGGCUGGAGGGGACCAGCGGGUUUGGGCCAUUAGCUUUUGUCACAGAUCCAUAGGGAUGUAGGGAUCUAGUGCUCCUGCACAUUCAGACUGACUCACUGACUGUUUAAAACGUUGUUAUAUUCUUCUACUGUCAAUUCCAUCUCCUGUAGAAGACGAUUGUCUGGUUGCUGUUUAUUUCAUGAAUCCAUUCUGAAGCUUUUUCAUAAGGUGAUGUCUUUUUUGUAUUCCCCUGGGGACUCUUUCUACACAGUUUCUGAUGGUGACGUUUGGUUGUGUGAGAACUGCUGCUCAGAGCCUGGGAGAGCUCCAGCCUGCUGGAAUCCCAGUCUGCUUUACUGCCAGGAUUGGAAAGAGAGCUCUCAGAGCCACUGAUGUACUCUCCAAUGCUGUCCUUAAAAAGAGGUGUUUAAAAGUCCUUUGGAGAUAAGUGCAUGGUAUUCCCACAGCUCAAACUGGCUUCCUGUGUUUGAUUCUGUAGUUGUAGUAAAAUAGAGGCUUGGUGAGGGCUGGGAGAGCCCUUUGAGUGCUGGCAUCUCCUCAGGGUGACUCUGGUGACAGAGCAGUGGCAGGGUCGCUGUGGCUGCUGUGCAGUUUCUCAUCCCCAGCAGCCUCCUGACUCCCCUCUUGGGGAGGAGCUGAUCCAAGCCAUGGAGCAGCAGUCACCAUUUUAAAUGGAGAAAAUGGAAGUGGCUGCAGUGCCACCCGUGGCACCCAUGGCACAUGGUUCCACAGAACAGGACCCACAGCUCUGGUCAGUGUCUGGGAGGCAUUGGGUGCCUCCCACAGGUAAAACCCCUGCAGGGGUGGAGCUGUGGUGGUUUCUCACUGAUGUUUAGGACACAGCAGUUUCCCUGUUACUUGGUGAACCUCGGCAGCCUGCGGCACCUGGUGGUCUGUAAAAUAAAUGCAGAAAGGAGUGAUGCAGCUCAAAAAGCAAAGACAUUGAGCCCUCGGCUUCCUCUGCCAUCCUGUUCAGCAAGAAAACACAGCCAGAGGUUCUGUUCUACCACUUUACCUACCAUGAAGGUGCAGACCCACAGAGGUGAGCGGGAGCUCAUGGAGUUUAUUCACUUCCAUGGGUGUCCAGACACCUCAGCAGGUCUAUACCUGAGUGUAGGGUGAGGGAGGGAAAGUUGCUGCUCCUGCUGCCUUCCUUUGGGUUCUCUGCAUGAAUAUUGGUCAUCUGGACAACUCAGCUUGUCCCUUUUUAUUCCUCAAAUGAGCGAGCCCUUUUUGGUGGGAGGGUUUGGAUACCCCAGGUGGGAGCAGUUGGAGGAGCUGUGGGGGGGUUGGAGGUGCUGUGUGGUCACACUGCAGAGGUGAAAAAAGAGCAGCCAUUUCUCAUCCUUGAGUGUUCUAAGUCACUUUAAAGCUACAUUUUAAAAGCAACUGCAUUAAAAGAAUCCCAGUGUCAA